AUGUCGUCUAUCUCGUCGCAAACCAAGACCAACAAGCCUCAAAAACUGGCCAGAGAUUUCUCGAGUUUCCUCGCCGACAAUGUUAGAGCUCGAGAACGAACUGGGCUAAAGAUGUAUUACAAGUACCUUACGACUCCUGGAAUAGUCUCGUUAGGAGGUGGUUUUCCUCCCGUGAACGUCUUCCCGUUCAAGUCUACCUCAUGGACUGUCCAAAACGCUGCUACAUCUGGAAAUGCAUCAACCUUUCAGAUCCCAGCACAAAACAGUCGUGGCGCACUGGGUCUCGAAAAGGCCCUACAAUACGGAAACUCGGACGGCCAUCCCGAACUAUUGGCUGUAUUGCAAGCUCACGUUGCCAAGUUUUUGAGACCUCAAUACGACGAUUAUCGUGUUAUUGUCACAAGUGGAUCCAUCAACGGCAACAUGAUGGCGUUCUCGAUUCUCGGCAACAAGGGCGACUAUUUCCUGGUCGAAGAAUACACCUUCUCGGCUUCUCUCGAACAAAUCAGAGUAUGUGGAGUAACACCUCUGCCAGUGAAGUGCGAUGCUGAGGGAAUGGUCCCCGAAGACAUUAUCAAAGUAACUCGAGAGGCUAGAGCACAGGGUAAAAUCGUCAAGGCUGUUUAUACCAUCCCAACAGCACAAAAUCCACUUGGUACGAGCAUGGGCAUCGAGCGGAGGAAGGCAUUCUUGCAAGCGUGUAAGACAUUGGAUAUCAUGAUCAUAGAGGACGACCCAUACCAAGCCCUCGAGCUUCCCGCCUUCACCCCAACCGACGCCACCACCCCCGACUCACUCCUCGAAUCAACCUACACGCACCCCGGCCUCUACGGCCUGCGCCCACCAAUCCUAUCCUUUGACGACGAGGGCCGCAUAAUCUACCUCUACACAUUCUCCAAGAUAUUCGCACCGGGCAUCCGUCUCGGAUUCGCAGUAGCCAACAAACAGUUUGCGGAAAAGAUGGUUAUGGUGGGCGAGCAGCAUAGUUCUCCGAACGGGAUCUCGCAGGCAAUUGUUACGAAACUGUUGACUGAGUGGGGGAGUGAGGGGUUGCAUGUGCAUAUGCAGGGCUUGCAGAGGUUUUAUACGCAUAAGAGGAAUGUGGUUGUGAAAGCUGCGUUGGCUGCUUUUGCACCGCGACGGGCGGGGGAUGGGGCUUGUGCAGAGUUUGUUAUACCUUCUGGAGGCAUGUUCGUAUGGCUCAAGGUAAAUUUGCCACCAAAUGCACCACCAGGCACACUCUGGAAACUCUUUGAACUAGCCUCCUUUGCACCUGACGAAAAAUUAAUUAAAGGCAUGACAAUCUUUGGUGACGCAUGCCGUGAAUUUGGAUGUGGCACCAGCACUUUAAUGUUUCCUAAACUAUAA